AGAGUUGUCUGUAGUGGAAGUGCCACGUCUGCGAGAGAGGGAGAGUCAUGAACUUGCCAGAAACUGUUGCCCCUAAGCCUUAAACUACGUUCUUAACUCUUUGCAGUCAGGGGUCCGUUCUCUAUUUUUGCAGGGACUCUCCUGCCUACUAACAUGAGGCUUUUCGCGUGGAACGUGGUCUUCACUCUGUUUGUCACUCGGUUGAGUGGGGCCUUGAUCCCUGAACCAGAAGUGAAGAUUGAAGUCCUCCAGAAGCCAUUCAUCUGCCAACGUAAGACCAAAGGGGGAGACUUAAUGCUGGUCCAUUAUGAAGGCUACUUAGAAAAGGACGGCUCCUUAUUUCAUUCCACCCACAAACAUAACAAUGGUCAGCCCAUUUGGUUUACCCUGGGCAUACUGGAGGCUCUCAAAGGUUGGGACCAGGGCUUGAAGGGGAUGUGUGUGGGAGAGAAGAGAAAACUCAUCAUUCCUCCUGCCCUUGGCUAUGGAAAAGAAGGAAAAGGUAAAAUUCCCCCAGAGAGUACACUGAUAUUCAACAUUGACCUCUUGGAGAUUCGAAAUGGACCAAGAUCCCAUGAAUCAUUCCAAGAAAUGGACCUUAAUGAUGACUGGAAACUCUCUAAGAACGAGGUUAAAGUAUAUUUAAAGAAGGAGUUUGAAAAACAUGGCGCAGUGGUGAAUGAAAGCCAUCAUGAUGUUUUGGUGGAGGAUAUUUUUGAUAAAGAAGAUGAAGACAAAGAUGGAUUUAUAUCUGCCAGAGAAUUUACAUAUAAACAUGAUGAGUUAUAGAGACAAAUCUACUCAUUUUAUACCACAUGGACGAGGUGGCCAUCUUUGAAGAAAGUCUUAUUUUUUAACAGUGUUCUGUUCUUGAUGUUUGUUUGUUUUGCUUUGUUUUUAUAAUUUUCCUAAAUAUUAUUUAAAGAACUCCUUAAGGUUCCUAAGUGCCCAUUUCUUUCUGUUGAGUUAUUGUGAAGAAAAAAAUAAUUUGUCUUUGAAUGGAAGACUUCUGGACCAUUUUCCACCUUCACAUAUGAUAUUUAUGUUUUAUUUGCUUCCUUGUAAUUUUAAAAUAUUGCA